AUGACGAUGGUUAUGGAAAACCAGAACCGCCCCUAUGGCGGCAUGAGCUUCGACAAUGUCUAUCACCACACCCCACCACAAUUCACAGACCCGUGGGCGGCGCACACUUCGUCGCACUCGACACCACCUGUCUAUGCGACCUCCAUGGGCAAUGGCGCCAGCAUGAGCCUAGGUCAGGUCAAACAAGAGGAAGUGAAUCGCUCCGGCAUGUCUAUGCCCUACCCAAACAUCCCCGUGUCCGCCCCGUCAAUGGUGGCUGGGAGCACCUACGCGACCUCCAACUAUGGCCCAGAGGUAAUGGGAAUGCAACACGAGGUGCCGCGCACAACUUUCGACCAGGCUCCCUCCUACACCACCGCUCCGCCCAUGAGCAGCUUCGCGCCUUCCAGCUAUGCCUACGCCCCCCAUUCACCCCUCCCCGCAAGACGGCCGUCAGAUGUCGCUCGCGUUGGCGCUUCAGCUUCCGCCCCCACAUUCGGUGACGCGCUCGACGCCAGCCGCGGAAUGGUCGCUCUCAGCCAGGACUUGACCCCGCGCAACAUUUACGGCCCUGGUCCUCGCGGCGCACGAAGCUCAGCCGAUUCCUAUGGCUUCCCCUCCACUCAAUCUUCCAACUCCUCUAUCUCCUCCGCUGGCAACUACCCCUACUACAGCGCCUCAGUGGGUUCCGUCGACUCCUCCGUGACAGACUACAGCUCUACAACUUCCGAUGCGCCCCCUGGGCCGCAAUCAAUGAUGAGCCAAUUCAGCUCCAAGAUGCCCUCCAACACACAGAAGAAGCACAAGUGCAAGGUCUGCGACAAGCGAUUCACGCGCCCAUCUUCUCUGCAGACGCAUAUGUACAGCCACACUGGUGAAAAGCCAUUCGCAUGUGAUGUUGAAGGCUGCGGGCGGCACUUCUCCGUUGUCUCAAACCUGCGUCGCCACAAGAAGGUGCACAAGGGCGAGAAGGAUACCGGUUCUGGCGACGACGAUGAGUAA